AUGGAAAAAGCCAACUGGUCCUCCCCCGUGGUGGGGUUCAUUCUCCUGGGACUCUCAGCCCACCCAAGGCUGGAGAAAACAUUCUUUGUGCUCAUCCUGUCUAUGUAUCUGGUGAUCCUGCUGGGCAAUGGGGUCCUCAUCCUGGUGACCAUCCUUGACUCCCGCCUGCACACGCCCAUGUACUUCUUCCUGGGGAACCUCUCCUUCCUGGACAUCUGCUACACAACCUCUUCCAUCCCUCUAGUCCUGGACGGCUUCCUCACUCCCAGGAAAACCAUUUCCUUCUCAGGCUGUGCCAUGCAGAUGUUCCUCUCCUUUGCCAUGGGAGCCACAGAGUGUGUGCUCCUGGGCAUGAUGGCAUUUGAUCGCUAUGUGGCCAUCUGUAACCCCCUUAGGUACCCUGUGGUCAUGAGCAGGUCUGUCUAUGUAUCCAUGGCUGUCAGCUCCUGGACAAUUGGUGGGGCUGCUUCCGUGGUACACACAUCCCUGACGAUUCAGCUGCCUUUCUGCGGGAACAACGUCAUCAACCACCUUGCCUGUGAGAUCCUGGCUGUCCUGAAGUUGGCCUGUGUUGACAUCUCCAUCAAUGUGAUCAGCAUGGGAGUGACAAAUGUGAUCUUCCUGGGGGUCCCAGUUCUGUUCAUCUCCGUCUCUUAUGUCUUCAUCACUGCUACCAUCCUGAGGAUCCCUUCAGCUGAGGGGAGGAAAAAGGCCUUUUCUACCUGCUCUGCCCACCUCACUGUGGUGGUCAUCUUCUAUGGGACCUUAUUUUUCAUGUACAGGAAGCCCAAGUCUAAGGAUCCCCUGGGGGCAGACAAAGAGGACCUUUCAGAUAAGCUCAUCCCUCUCUUCUAUGGGGUGGUGACCCCCAUGCUCAACCCCGUCAUCUACAGCCUCAGGAACAAGGACGUGAAGGCUGCUGUGAGGAACCUGGUGGCUCAGAAAUACUUCACCCAGUGA